AGCAGCAUGAACUCCAAGCUUCAAAAGCAUUCUCACGCGCAGACGGGCACUUUAUUUUUCAUCAAGUUUUUUUUGUGUUGUUUUGAAGCUGCUUUGAAUGAUAAACACAUAUUUCUGCUGUAAACUUUUUUAAUGGUUUCUAAACUCAUGGGACAACCAAAGCAAGAAACCCUCAUGAUUUGGGGCAAGGUUUGAUGUCAGCAAUGCCUAGAAAAGGUUUCUCCCACGUCUUGGCUAUUGUGAACAAUGCUGCUAUGAACAUUGGGGUGCACGUACCUUUUCGAAUUAGAGUUUUCAUGGGAAUACAGACAUCUCUUCAAGAGCCAAAGAUGUUUGUCUUGCUCUAUGUUACAAGUUUUGCCAUUUGUGCGAGUGGACAACCUCGGGGUAAUCAGUUCAAAGGAGACAGCUACUCCCCAAGAUAUAUCUGUAGCAUUCCUGGCUUACCUGGACCUCCAGGCCCCCCUGGAGCAAAUGGUUCCCCUGGGCCCCAUGGUCGGAUCGGCCUUCCAGGACGAGAUGGUAGAGACGGCAGGAAAGGAGAGAAAGGUGAAAAGGGGGCUGCAGGUUUGAGAGGUAAGACUGGACCACUGGGCCUUGCUGGAGAGAAAGGGGACCAAGGAGAGACUGGGAAGAAAGGACCCAUGGGACCUGAGGGAGAAAAAGGAGAAGUAGGUCCUGUUGGGCCUCCUGGACCAAAGGGAGACAGAGGAGAGCAAGGGGACCCAGGGCUGCCUGGUGUUUGUAGAUGUGGAAGCAUCGUGCUCAAAUCUGCCUUUUCUGUUGGCAUCACAACAAGCUACCCAGAAGAAAGAUUACCAAUUAUAUUUAACAAGGUCCUCUUCAAUGAAGGAGAGCACUACAACCCUGCAACAGGGAAGUUCAUCUGUGCUUUCCCAGGAAUCUAUUACUUUUCUUAUGAUAUCACAUUGGCAAAUAAGCAUCUGGCAAUUGGGCUAGUACACAAUGGGCAGUACCGGAUAAAGACCUUUGACGCCAACACAGGAAACCAUGACGUGGCUUCAGGGUCCACAGUCAUCUAUCUGCAGCCAGAAGAUGAAGUCUGGCUGGAGAUCUUCUUCACUGACCAGAAUGGCCUCUUCUCGGACCCAGGUUGGGCAGACAGUUUGUUCUCUGGAUUUCUCCUAUAUGUUGACACAGAUUAUCUAGACUCCAUAUCAGAAGAUGAUGAGCUCUGAUGAGGACUGCUGGUCUGAAUGUCCCAAGAUCCUUGUGGCAGACACACCGAUUUAAUCUGGGGCCCUGGAAGGUGGGACAAGCAGAAAUGAGAUCCAAAAAGACACCCACUCAGAUUCCAGAGAAUUUACAGAUAGUUCUAGCAGAAUUUAUUAAAACAGGUUGAACUACCAAACCAUUGAAACCACACCAAAAUGAAUUCUAUAAAACAAUAACCCCAGAUAUGUUUUCUCAAAAGUGAUGUUCAUAAAUAUUUAAACAAAUUAAAGAUAAUGUUACAAAUUUUCUAUUAAAUUCCCUGAGUGCUAAAACCAGCUGGCAAUGAUAUUAUAUCAUUAAAUCUUCAUACAAUUACAUUUUUGCCUGUUACUUAAGAGAGUCAUAACAUCCCAAAGUCCUUGACAAUUCUCAAAAAGUAAAAACCCAAAGGUAAGAGAAGCCAAGUAAUUUCAAGCAAGCUAAAGAGAAGUGAUUAUUUUACUAUAUUAUUCAUUCCUUCAUGCUUGUAUAUAUUCACUCAACAACUCUUUAAUGAGCCCAUAUGAGCCAGACACUCUGAUGCUGAGUCAGAUUUAAUGAUUUAAAACAAUAUCUGUACCUUCAUACAGGCUAAUGUGUGAUGAGCACACUCUCACAGUUCAGUGUGAUGAGCACCAUGGCAAA